AUGGACGAUAUUGGUGUAAACGAGAAAUUGGUGAUGAGGAGAAGACAUACAUUUAUGCUGAAUGAGAAAAUUCUAUCUUUAAUAGACGGGUUAAAGGGAGACGAUGUCAACACAUAUUUUUUAGGUAGUCAAAGUGAAGGGUCUGUUACAAAAGGACUUCAAUCUGAUUUUGAUAUACUAAGUUGCGAUAAUGCGUAUAAUGUGAUACAGGAUAUUGGUGACUUUCAAAAUGGCAAGCACAACUAUCUUAUAGCCACAGAUGAUAAUACAACUAAAGGAUACUGUUAUCUCCAGGUAAUCGAAUCCAGUCAAGCAAAGACUGGUGAAGGUAAUGAUUAUCUAGAGAAUUUGGUUUUGAAAAAUACAAAACAUCACGAUGCUGUUAGUUUGAAAUGUUUGAUCGGAGCAGCAAUACAUGGACCCGCAAUAAGCACACAAGGAGAACAUAGAACUGAUGAUAUGGAUGCUGUAAUUGCUUAUCCUUGUUUUUCAUGGCCACGUUCAGCAUGUGAUUGGCUACAGCGACAAGGAUUGGGUAGAUGGCCAACACAAGAAAUGAAAAAAGAAUGUGUAAGUAAGGGAUUUUUCUUAGUUCCGGUUGGAAGUAAGAUCAGCAUAGAUCCGGAAAUUGAAUGGAGAAUAUCAACUUCAAUUGCAGAGAGGUGUUUAAUGUUUAGUUUGAACAUUACCCAAUUACGCUGUUACGUUUUAUUGAAAAUGAUUGCAAAAACAUAUUUCUUAUCUAACGGGGACACUAAAAUUUCAAGUUUUAUGUGCAAAACAACAUUAUUUCAUUGCAUAGAAAGGUCAGAGCCCGGAAUGUGGAGAGAAAAUAAUUUAUAUAUAUGUGUGUAUGUCUGUCUGCUACAACUACGGUUCUUCUUAUUAAGUCAAAAAUGUCCACAUUUCAUUAUUACUGAAAAUAAUUUGAUGGCAGGUCAGUUCACGGGCGAGGAACAGCUUGACCUGAUUAGCACACUUAAUAAUCUACUAUGCACAUACAGACUUGGAUUAUUCGGUAUUGAAAUUGACAAUCUUGGUAAAAGAUUAAAGAUAAAACUGAAAAUGAUUGGUAUGAUGAUUGAUUCUAGCGUUCAGUCUCAAAAAGAAAUCAGUGAGUAUAUAUGCUUCAACCUAAAUAUUUGGUUCUUUGCUAAUGUUAUACAAAAGUAUAAAGCUCUGUCAAUGGAAAACAGAGAAACAGUAACAACAUAUAUUCAAAAACUGAACAAGGUUAGUGAAAAGGGUAGCGAAUUAGAAAAGAAAGCGUGCACGUUUCUUUUACCCGAGAUUUACGCAACAUUAGGAUCUGUGUUGGCCUCGUCCAACAUUGGACAAUUUAACCCUGUUUCACAUGAGGCUUUAAGUUAUUUUAUACAAUAUCCAUACAAUAGUGUUUCUACAACACUUAAACUAGCCUCUACAUAUUAUUGCUCAGAAAAUUUGGAAGAAUGUGGAGACAUUCUAAGGCAUAUUGAAAGUGGUGUGGAAUUUAAGAGAACAGCUUUUAUAAACCCAUUCUGUCUAUGCUAUCCACAUCCACAUGUAUUUACAAGAGAACUCAUGGCAUUGUGUUAUAAAGAUGUUACUGAAAUCCAGCCAUUUAUAGGGUAUUGUGUACGUUUCCAUAAAAGUGAAUUUAACUGUAUUCCCCAUGAACUACAAUAUGAAAUGUUCAGAUCUAGUAAAGAUGAUAUGCAGCACAGAGACGAGCUAGAUGAAAUGUGGAUGGACUUAUCGGUGGUUGAUUCUCUCCCUUUCUUGUAUUUCCUAAAAUACAAAGUAUAUAGACAUCAAAAGAGAACAAAAGAAAAAAGACUAGCUUUGGCCAAACUUACAUAUACUUGCACAGGAAACGCAAUUCUUUGUCACAAAGAAACAGCUCUAAAUUUACUUGGACAAUGUUAUGAAGAUCAACUUUGUCAUCAAGAAGCUUUAAAAUGUUACCUGUCUUCACUUCUAGUAAGAAAAAAGAACAAUGCUGCAAAAUGGCAUAUAUGCAAACUACUCGCCAGAAUAUUAUAAUGCAAACGAAAUACAUUUGCUGAUAUAAGACUAACUGUUCACGAGUUAUAGUAACAUGUAUAUUCUUUCUCUAGAUUUCUACAGUAUUUAGCUCACUAUCAUUAAACAGGUUUUCCGAAGGAAAACACUGGUUAUUAGAUUGAGGUAUGUCGGCGGGCGGACGGGCGUAAACAUUUUUUUCUGUGCGCAACUCCUCCUACAUUUCUCAACGGAUUUUGACCAAACUUUCACAGAAGCUUUGUCAUCAAGUGCCCUGGUGCAGAUUGUCAGGGUUUUGUGAUUGGAUAAUAUUUGACCUAAUUAUGGCCCUUUGUUUUUUUUCCUUAUAUAGAAUAUAUAGUGAACAAUUUCUUUUGUGCGCAACUCCUCCUAAAUUUCUCAAAGGAUUUUGUUUAAACUUUCACAGAAGCUUUGUCAUCAAGUGUCCUGAUGCAUAUUGUUGGGGUUUUGUGAUUGGAUAAUUUUUUACCUAAUUAUGGCCCUUUGUUUUUUUUCCUUAUAUAGAGUAUGUAGUGAACAAUUUGUUCUGUUGCGCAACUCCUACAUUUCUCAAGGGAUUUUGUUUAAACUUUCACAGAUUAGCUUUGUCUUCAAGUGCUCUGAUGCAUAUUGUCGGGGUUUUGUGAUUGGAUAAGUUUUUACCUUAUUAUGGCCCUUUGUUUUUUUCCAUAAAAUUUAAUUAUUAGUGUAAUAUACCCUUUUAAUCACAACAAACUUAAUUUAGUUAUAAAACAGAAA